AUGUACGUCGUUGAGUUACAUGUACGUGUCAACGCAUUUGUCUCGGCGUGCUUCAAGAUAUUAGAGUAUAUCUUUCUAAUCAUGGCCUCUCGAGCCAUUCGACUGAUGAAUUCGACAUGUUUCUGGGGAAGUUGGGGACUGCCAGUGUCAUACGCGUGGAUCGACACCAGAUUAUGCGCAUAUGAAGUUCACAUUUCCGCCGGCACGCAUUUGACACUGGCGGCGCACCCACUUCGAGCCACUUCCACUUCUGCCACCAGCACCUACCCACUGGUAACCACUGGCAACCACCACCACAAACUGUCCCAAGAGACAAACCAUUCAGACACCAGAACCCGAAUCCGUUUCGAGACAUCCGCAGCGAGUCAAGCGGCUGGAUCGGUCUUGUUCAAGAUUCGCACUGUCGUCUCAGCCAGUCUGGAAGCGCCCGGCACUCGGAAUCAGGUCGUUGCAGCGUGCAGUGUCCAGUGA